AUUAAUUUGUAUAGUUUUUAAUUAUUAUUCUUGAACUAAAAAUGUACAUUCCAAAAUUAAUUCCACUUUUAUCUCUAAUAUUUUUCGCUUUAAACAUCCAAAGUCAAGAAAUUUGUGAUGUAUGUUUAUGUAAAUCAGGAAUAAUUAAUUGUUCCAAUAAAAAUAUAUCAUUAGAUUUUAACAAAACUGAAUUAUGGUUGGAUCAAGCAAAUAAUACAAUUGAAGUAACUGAAUUAAAUUUUCAUAAUAAUCAUUUGGGACAUGUUUAUCCAUUCCCAAAAUUAGAUAUAAAAAAAUUAGAUUUAAGUACAAAUCGUAUUGUUAAAAUUGAAGCUGAGGCAUUUAAAAAUUUAAUGGAUAUGGAAGAAUUGGAUUUAACGGAAAAUCAUUUAAUGAGUGAAUUUCUUACAUCUGAUGUUUUUAUGGGUCCAUAUGCUCCAGAAGAUUCAGAACCUUUAAGAUCGUUAAAAAUCUUACGAUUAAGUAACAAUGCAUUACAUAGUUUACAUCCAGAUUUAUUUGAACAUACAGAUCGUAUUGAAGUAUUGAUGUUGGAUUCAAAUCCAUUUUCCGUAAUUGAUCGAGUUACAUUAAUUGCGAUCAGUACAUUGCCACGUUUAAGGGUUCUGGAUUUAAGUAAUACGGAUAUUAAAACUUUACCCUUAUAUAUGCUUCAUACACCAAUGCAUUUGGAGGCAUUGAAUUUAAGUAAUAAUGAAAUACAAGUUUUGCCAAAAACAUUGGGCGAUGUCCAUAAAUUGGAAUGGCUUUCCUUAAGCAAUAAUCCAAUUGAAAAACUUUCUGGACCAAACAAUGUAUUUCCAGUAAUUCCAACAUUAAAAGUAUUGCACAUGUCAUUCAUGCAAAAAUUACAACGUGUUGAGAAACGUGCUUUAAGUGGUUUACAAAAUUUAGAAGAGUUAUAUAUGAGUGAUAAUCCACAAUUGGAAUAUAUUGAUGGAUAUGCGUUAAGUCGACCAGCAAAUACUGAUAAUUCUUCAACAAAAAUUGAUGAACAAGAAGAAAUAUGGCCUGGAUUAAAAGUUUUGGAAAUACAAAAUAAUAAUUUGACACGUAUUGAUCAACAUUUAGUGGGUAAUUGGCCAAAAUUACAACAUAUCGAUAUUCGUUACAAUACUUUGAUCUGUGAUUGUGAUAAUCAAUGGAUUGUGUCAUCGUUAAUCUUUAUUAUUGGUGGAUUGCAUGAUGGAAGUUUGGCCCAUGGUGUUAGAUGUGCAUCACCAAUUGAAAUGCGAGGUGUAAAUUUAACGGAAUUAUCUGAAAAGAAUGUUCAUAUGCGAUGUUUAGAUUUAAAUGGCGCUAGACCAGAACGUGAUGGAUCUGUAUUAAUUGGUAUCCUCAUUGGUGUUUUACUAACAAUUCCAAUAAUGAUGGGUAUAAUCACAUUCUGUUAUAAGAAAAAUUUCUGUGGAUUAAUUAAUGUCAGCAAAAGUCCAGCCGAUUUUUCGAGAAGUUUCUAUAAGCGUGCUGAUAUGAAUGAUGAUAAUUAUAUUUAAAUUAUUAUUUUAAGAAUAAUUUUAAGAAAUAUUUUUAAUUUUGGCUUGUGAAUUUGUGCUUAGUUUUUCUUUGAUGGUGGCGUUAUUUUUAACGACCUUAAAUAUUUAGCAAAAAAUUCGUGAAAAUAAGUUUAGUACCUCAUAAUGCAAUUCAAUUGGAUAAUAUUUGGACAAAACCGAUCAAAAAAAAUUUCAGCCAGUCUGGUUCCUCAAGAUUAAUGUUUCGAUUAUCGUUUUUAGUAUUAUGUAAGAUAAUAAAUAUUUGUUAAGUCAAAUUUUAGGCUGAAUUCUCAAGACAAAGGAAAAACAGUAACCAAAACGACAGUAAAUGUUUGAAAACAAUUAUUUUUAGGUAGGUACAAGUGAAUACAUUUUGGAACACGGCAUUUGUGUUAUGAAAAUUGUAAAAUAUCGUAAAAUUCACAAAUCACAAUAUGGCAUAUUUUAUUAUAGCCAAUCAUUUGCUGAUUGGCCGUAAAAUGUACUUUAAUCUUGUUUACUGUUUUUCUGUUUGCAUGUGGAUUCCGCUUUAUACGCUUUAAAAUGUAUACAUUUUGUAAUUAAAUAAUAAUUA